CGUGGUUCGCGUACGUCGUGGCAAUGGUAGUGACGGAGAGCAACGGUGUAUGGUGUGGUCACUAGGGCCAGCGAGCCAUCGUCGAUGCCACAUCGACUCGCGGUACCGGACCGUGAACAUCAAAACGAAUCUUUUCUCCCGCGUUUACCAUUCUAACGGCGCGUUCUGCACCGAGGCACGCAGAUUUAACACACGUAUACGUUAUACCGAGACACGCAGAGAACAAGAAACAAAGGGACACAGUGGAAAAGGCAAAGAGUGUGUAUAAUCGUUGGUAUACACGGUAUAAUAGACCGAGCCUUGAGGGACGAAGAGAAACGAGUUUGCAAACGAGGCCGGUCGUAGUGAAGCUUCAGUCCGGCUCGAGUGAUCGCCGAGUCGCGUGUUUCCUAUCGUGAUAGAAAGUAAACAUACGGAUAGUUCUCGGUUUUUGUCUAUUUUCCUACAGUUUCGGUGCGCGACGCGAGUUUGCCCUUUGAAUCGUUACCUCGUGUUGUUGCACUCGCAUGAAAGAUCGGUAUACGACUGUGAAUAGAAGUGAGUUAAAAUGACUAUACACAAGAAGACGAGUGGAAAGAGCAAGGGGAGCUCGAAGGAAGUUGCCACGACUUCUUCUAGUUCUUCGGAUAUGACAACCGUUGAGACGGUCGAGAUGGUAUCGUCGACGAGCAUGGUCGAGGAAGCGACACAGAUUAUGGAGAGCGAAUCUAGGAGCAGCGUCGUCGAGGUAACCAGCGCGAGUCGCGAGGUUAUCAUGGAUUCCAAGGGUAACGUAAUUAAGGUGAUCGAGUCUGCUCCUCAGACUGUUGGUCAAAGUACGUCUACAUAUAGAACGGGUAAGAGUUCUCAGGACUUUAUAGCGCAAGAACAGAUGCAGUCUGUUAAACAGGGAAAAACUGUUCGUGACAGUCCACAAAAUGUUAAGGACGUCGAGGUACGUUCGGAUGGGCAUCGAGGAGAAACGUUGGAACAAGUUAGUAGAUCGUCCGAGAGUCGCAGCGAGUCUCGAGCAGAAACUAUUCAGAAAUCUAUAUCCUCUUCGAUGGUCGUGGAAACAUCGUCUUCGAUGGGAGAUUAUUACGAUCAGCUAUCAAAGACGACGACUUCCAACGGUAUCGUGAACGGUGAUCACGUUCCUAGAAUACAUACGUCAUCGAAAUCAUACGAAAGCAAACAAGCCAGUAAAGAAACGUACGAAGAGACAACCAAGGAUGGAAAAACGUUCGCGAAUAUCUCGAGGAUCCACGAAUCAGGUGAAAAACUCGAUGACAACGGUAGAGUAACAGCCACUCAGAGUCGUAUCAUUGACAAGGAGACCACGGUCGUACCCUCGGACGUAGGUCGAGUUAAACAUACGGAUGAUGUCAGAAUAGCCAGUAACAAGGUCAUCCUCGAUUCUUCCUCCAACGCCACUGUUAGCGAAAGCACCGCGAAGAGCAGCGUAAAAGCGGACAAAAUUAGCGACGUUGUCACGCGGUGCAACAAACCCGGCCAGUCUACGUGGGAUGGCACGUUUAUUAGCGAAAGUCCGGCUAAAGACAAGGACGUCUCGAGAAAAGUCGAUACGUCUCGAACAGACCGGGACAGUAUAGACAAGGCAAAAGUAGAUCGCUUGGUGUCCAAAGUUAACACCGAUAAUGUACAAGAGAGCAUGUCGAGCAUUGAAAUCUCUGAGAGUUCGUUUAUCGAUCAGCGUUCAUCGUCGACGGUAAUACAGGACUCGAAAAUUAUCAUCGACGAGGGUCGUUCUAGCUCCACUAACAUCGAAAGUUUUGAUCGAAAUGUUAACUCGAUCGGUCGCGACAUUCACAAACAGGUUUCUGAGGAUACGAUCGAUUUUGCCGGAGGACAGAGGCAAGUUACGACGGAAGUACACUCGAAAGGAUCGACUCGAUACACGAAACCUGGAGAGUCUACGUGGGACGGUACAUUUAUGGUCGAAAAAACACCAGAAACAAGAAAAAGGAACGUGUCAGAUGCUUCUGUCUUUCAUCAUCCUGGUGGAGAUAAUGUUAUAGAAUCAACACAGAGAACGGAUUUCAAGGAGAAAAGUUCUGACGGAUCUUACGAAAAGAAAUCUUCGAACGUUGUCCACGUGGUACAAGGCGGCACGGACUCUUCGAGGUUCAUUUCGGAAGAACGCAAAGAUGUCACGGAGGAAAUUUACAUCGAUGGAAAACCUGUUAGUAAAACGGAGCUUUUAAGAGACAGAUCGUCGUCUACUAGAGGAGGAAAAAUUACGAGACCCGGUGAUUCAACGUGGAACGGACAAUUUGUAUACGAAAAGCCACAGGAUGGCGGUAAGAAAUUAUCGAGUGACAAAACUGUGGUUAGAACGAGCGCGAAAAGACACGAUUCCGUGGAUGUUCAAGACGUCACGGAGGAGCAGAAUAUCUCCAGUAUGUCAGAGUCUGUUUCGUCUUCGUACGUCGUGGAAUACGCUACAUCCACCGACGAGAAGAAAAAAACUAGCGAAAAGGUGACCUCUGUUUCUGAAAUAAUUAUAGAAGAAGAUUCCGGAGAUGGAGGUUCUCCUCGACGAUCAACUCCAGAAAAAUCAGUUACCCGUGACACUACUUCGCGAUGUUACAAACCUGGCCAAUCUACUUGGGAUGGCAGUUUCAUUUACGAAAAGCCGCAAGUUCAUGAACGUCGAAAGCCGGAUAGCCGAAGGCCGACCGAUUCCAUCAUCAUUCGCGACGUUACAGAGGACAAUUCGAUAAACGAGGCGGAAAUUUCAUCAACGGCGUACGUAGUCGAACAUUCAUCGAGUCAACAGAGUUUCACCGAUGUCAAAGAUUCUAGUUUAUCUUCCGUACACGAGACGAUUGUUUACGAUGUGCAACCUGCUCGCCAAGAUCGUCCAUCGAGCAGAACAUCGAGUAGACCAGAAACUCCUGACAAAACACCUAAAGGAAGAGAUACCAGGCUUACCAAGCCUGGUUCGUCGACCUGGGAUGGAACUUUCGUCAUGGAGAAAUCGCCAGAAACGAAAAGACCGUCUAGCAGAGAAUCCGUUGAUAGACCGGCAGAUAAAAUUCGACCUGAACCAAGAGAAAGUCCAAUACCGAAAUCGAGAAAGCACAUCAGUGACACCACUUUGGAUAUUCGUGAUACUUCUCAGCAAGUAUCUACUAGUUCAGAAGUUUAUAGCAAUUCCAUUGUAUUGGAACAGUCUACCACACACGAGAGCUAUACCGAUUCGUCGAACGUGGAUUACUCCACGAGUUCCGUAGAGACAGUAAUUGUUCGUAAUGGCGUUCCAACGACGAUACAGAAGUCUGCGACGAUCGAUGAUAGAUCUAAGAGUCCCGAGAAGAAAGCUUUGGAACAUAAAGGGUUGCAACCAGAAGACUCCAAGUCGCCUGACAAACGUCCUAAGAGCCCCAGUAAAACUGACAGCUCUUUUAGACCGUCCAAACCAGGUGCUUCAACGUGGGAUGGUUCGUUUGUUUACGAAAAACCCGCGAAGAAGCCUACCGAUAAGAAACCAUCGACAGACGUCUCACGUCGUCCUACCGAUGAACGAGCUCCCAUUCGAACGUCGCCAGUAGAUAAUGGAAAAUUGCCAGAAGAUAAGAAACCGACUUAUCUCACUGAAAAAUCUAUCACUUUAUCGGACACUACAAUGGAGACUUCUGAAUUUGUCACGUCGACGAUGCUUGAACGAACUCUGGCUUCAGAUUCCGAAGUUUUUGAUUCGUCCAAGGUCUCUACAACGAUAUUUCAUGAAAUCGACGAUAAGAAACGCACCACAGAUACCGAAAGAGAACUUCGAAGAGAGAUUUCUCGAUCACCAUUUGGAAAACAACCUGAAGACGGGAGAAAGUCUCCUGAAAGACGUCCUAAGAGUCCUGAGAAAGGUCCGGUGGAUAGAUCUAUGAGACCGACUAAACCAGGCGCGUCAACUUGGGAUGGUUCGUUUGUAUAUGAGAAACCACAAGAUCAGAAGAAGAAACCGACUGACCAACAGAAGGAACCAGUAGACGAAAAAAAGAGACCAAAAGAAUCUCCCAUAAGAGAUGAACCUAAAGACAGACCAAGUUCUGUCGUGCCGAAAGAUGAUACCACGAAAAUUUCAGUCGUGAAACAUGAUAUGACGGACACCAGGGAGGAUGUCAUGGAUAUUGAUAUAGUUCAGAAAUCUUCUUACGUAAUCGAUCAAUCGUCGUUCACCUCGGUGCAGGACGUUCGCAACGUGUUAGAGGAACGUGUCAUCAGCGAGUUUACAACGGACACGCGUAAAGAUGUGAGAGAUGUCACCAAGUCAACGACCGAAUUCAUCGACAACGAGCAGGUGACUAGUAUGGUAGCGCGGGAUGUCGUUGAUGACACCAGGUUUGACAGAUUCACCACCUCGACUCCCAGAUCUCCAGCUGAUACUCCACAGAAAGAAUCGCCGGAACGACCUGGUUAUCCGCGAGGAAUCCCUGGACUGCGGGAAGACGAUCGACCAAAACCGAUUCCAGCAGCUGGGAAGCCGAGUCGACCUCCGCAACGAGAACAGAGUCCCGGGGAAAGAUAUACUGGCGCCAGGCCACAGACUCCAGGAAAAGUUCGUGACUAUGUAUCCCCGACAAGAAAACCAGUGCCCGCGGCAGGGAAACCAAGUCGCCCCGAGGAAAGACCUGGCAAGGUACCGCGUGCCGAUGAAACGGUGCCAGGCGCUAGCAAACCGACGCAACCCGAUGAGCAACCAAAGGGACCUGGCAAACCCGAUGAAAGGCCAGCCGCUGGAAAACCGAGCCGACCGGAGGAUAAACCGGAGAGAUUUGAUGACAAGCCGAAGAGAGGAGAUCAGACGCCUGACUCCCUCGAGGAGGACGAUGUUCAGCCCGGAAAACUACCCAACUACAUACUGUCCAAGAUCCCUCUGAAGGAGCAAUGCAUCUGCGAACUCUGUACCUGCGGACGACAUCGCUGUCCGCACAAUCUGCCACAAGAUCACCUUGAGAUUCCUCGAGAUGGCCCCGUCCACGCGGUGACUUCCUAUCGCGAGGAAUUCGACGAGAAACACGUCGACAGGCAGACAGUGUACCACCAGGAAGACCAUCUUCGGAUGGAAGGAGAAUUCAUCGGAGAGAGGCGAACAGACUAUGUGGUGACGAGGGGCGAGAGAGCACCGGUAAGGAAACCGCAGGAUAACCUGAAACCGGAGGGUGAGUUCAUCGGUAGACCCAGGGAGGAAGCUCCAACGAAAGGAGAGAAAGCUCCAGUGAAAAAGCCGCAGGAUAACUUGAAGCCAGAAGGCGAAUUCAUUGGAAGACCGAAGGAAGAAGCCCCGAAAUAUGGAGAUCGAACACCUGUCAGGCGACCUCAGGAUAAUCUCAGACCGGAAGGAGACUUCGACAGUACAACCACCACGGAGCUGGUGUUCACCGGUACACCCGGUGAACGUCCCAGACCAGUACGUCGCAACACCUAUACAAAGGUCGAGGGUGAAUUCAUCGACUCGACCACUACAAGAUCCGAAUACGUCGAUCAUCGAACGGUUCAACGUGCCGAGAUCAUCAAACGUACGGAUAACCUCACAGUGGGAGAGGGUGAAUUCACAGGUACCUCUCAUCAUAAAGAGGAUUUCCACACGUACGACAUAGUUGAGAGGACACCUCGACGACGACUCGACUACACCGACGAGGAUGACCGCUUCUAUGGCAAAACCGAUAUCGUGGAAAGCACCACAACGACUCAGGAACAGUAUCAAACUUUCGAUCAAACCGACUAUAGAAGCACUGCCGUGAUUAGACGAGACGAUAAUUUGAGACCAGAAGGACCGUUUGAAGGAGUGCCUCAUACUAAGGACGACUACGUUGUGCCACAGAUAAUGAAGAGACCGGAACCGCAGAAACCCAAGGACAAUUUGCGACCUGAAGGACCGUUCGAAGGAAGACCGAAAGACGAUUAUAAACCAACCGGAGGCGAAAGGGCAGACGUGAAGAGACCACAGGAUAACUUGAAGCCCGAAGGACCGUUCGAGGGACGUCCAAAAGACGAUUAUUCACCGAAAACAGCUGAACGUCCGGAAGUUAAGAGACCUGAGGAUAACCUAAGACCAGAAGGACCAUUCGAAGGACGACCUAAAGACGAUUAUAAACCUACUAGAGGAGAUAGAGCAGAUAUCAAGAGACCUGAAGAUAAUUUAAGACCCGAAGGACCAUUCGAAGGACGUCCAAAGGAUGAUUUCAUGCCUAAAACAGCGGAAAGGCCAGAAGUAAGAAGGCCUCAGGAUAACUUGCGACCAGAAGGACCAUUCGAAGGACGCCCGAAGGAUGAUUUCACACCGAAAGUAGCUGAACGUCCAGAAGUAAAGAGGCCACAGGAUAAUUUGAGACCCGAAGGUCCGUUCGAAGGACGUCCAAAGGAUGAUUUUUCACCGAAGCGAGGUGAAAGACCAGAGGUUAGAAGACCUGAGGAUAAUUUGAGGCCAGAAGGACCGUUCGAAGGUCGACCUAAAGAUGAUUAUAAACCAACCAGAGGCGAAAGAGUUGAUGUUAAGAGGCCUGAAGAUAAUCUGAGACCAGAAGGUCCAUUCGAAGGACGUCCAAAGGAUGACUUCACACCAAAAACUGCUGAACGUCCGGAAGUAAGGCGGCCACAGGAUAAUUUGAGACCCGAAGGUCCGUUCGAAGGUAGACCUAAAGAUGAUUAUAAACCAACCAGAGGCGAAAGAGCUGAUGUUAAGAGACCUGAAGAUAAUCUGAGACCUGAAGGUCCAUUCGAAGGACGUCCAAAGGAUGACUUCACACCAAAAACAGCUGAACGUCCGGAAGUGAAGAGGCCACAGGACAAUUUGAGACCGGAAGGACCAUUCGAAGGACGUCCAAAGGAUGAUUUUUCACCCAAACGAGGUGAAAGACCAGAAGUUAGACGACCUGAAGAUAAUUUGAGACCAGAAGGACCUUUCGAAGGCAGACCCAAGGAUGAUUACAAACCAACCAGAGGCGAAAGAGCUGAUGUUAAGAGGCCUGAAGAUAAUCUGAGACCCGAAGGACCAUUCGAAGGACGUCCAAAGGAUGACUUCACACCAAAAACAGCUGAACGUCCGGAAGUGAAGAGACCACAGGACAAUUUAAGACCGGAAGGUCCGUUCGAAGGUAGACCUAAAGAUGAUUAUAAACCAACCAGAGGCGAAAGAGCCGAUGUUAAGAGGCCUGAAGAUAAUCUGAGACCCGAAGGACUGUUCGAAGGGCGUCCAAAGGAUGACUUCACACCAAAAUUAGCUGAACGUCCAGAAGUGAAGAGGCCACAGGACAAUUUGAGACCGGAAGGACCAUUCGAAGGACGUCCAAAGGAUGACUUUUCACCCAAACGAGGUGAAAGACCAGAAGUUAGAAGACCUGAGGAUAAUUUGAGACCAGAAGGACCUUUCGAUGGCAGACCCAAGGAUGAUUACAAACCAACCAGAGGCGAGAGAGCCGAUGUUAAGAGGCCUGAAGAUAAUUUGAGACCCGAAGGACCGUUCGAAGGACGUCCAAAGGAUGAUUUCACGCCAAAAACAGCUGAACGUCCGGAAGUGAAGAGGCCACAGGACAAUUUAAGACCGGAAGGUCCGUUUGAAGGACGCCCAAAGGAUGAUUUUUCACCCAAACGAGGUGAAAGACCAGAGGUUAGAAGACCUGAGGAUAAUUUGAGACCGGAAGGGCCGUUUGAAGGUCGACCGAAAGAUGAUUUCUUGCCGAAAACGGCGGAAAGGCCAGAAGUGAGAAGACCUCAGGAUAAUUUAAGACCUGAAGGACCAUUCGAAGGACGACCCAAGGAUGAUUAUGUACCAACCAGAGGCGAACGUGCGGAUGUGAAACGUCCAGAAGAUAAUUUGAGACCAGAGGGUCCGUUCGAAGGGAGACCUAAAGAUGAUUUCUCACCGAAAACAGCUGAACGUCCAGAGGUAAAGAGACCACAAGAUAAUUUGAGACCGGAAGGUCCAUUCGAAGGACGUCCUAAGGAUGAUUUCACACCGAAAACAGCUGAACGUCCUGAAGUCAGAAGACCGCAGGACAAUCUUCGCCCUGAAGGACAGUUUGAAGAUCGACCAAGACUUGAAUAUACCCCUGGUGAAAGACGUACACCUAUUAAACAUCCAGAUAACUUGUAUCCGGAAGGAGAAUUCGAGAGACCAUCGCCUGUUCCUUAUGGUCCCGGUGAAAGAGCGCCGAUUGUCCGACAUCCGGAUGAGCUGUUUCCUGAAGGCGAUUUUCCAGGUAGAGAACGUGUUCCAUUCGUCCCAGCUGAACGUAGGACACCCAUUAAACACGACGAUAACCUUCGUCCUGAGGGUCCUUUCGAAGGAAGACCUAAGGAUGAUUAUAAACUAACGAGAGGUGAACGAGCUGAUGUAAAGCGUCCUCAAGAUAACUUGAAACCGGAGGGUCCAUUUGAAGGAAGGCCUAAAGAUGAUUACAAACCAACCAGAGGUGAGCGUGCGGACGUGAAACGUCCAGAAGAUAAUUUGAGGCCAGAGGGUCCGUUCGAAGGAAGACCUAAAGAUGAUUUCUCACCGAAAACAGCGGAAAGGCCAGAAGUUAGAAGGCCUCAAGAUAACUUGCGACCUGAAGGUCCAUUCGAAGGACGUCCUAAGGAUGAUUUCACGCCGAAAACAGCUGAACGUCCGGAAGUCAGAAGACCACAGGACAAUCUUCGACCUGAAGGACAGUUUGAAGAUCGGCCAAGACACGAAUAUACUCCUGCUGAAAGACGUACACCUAUUAAACAUCCAGAUAACUUGUAUCCAGAAGGAGAAUUCGAGAGACCAUCGCCUGUUCCUUAUGGUCCCGGUGAAAGAGCACCGAUUGUCCGACAUCCGGAUGAACUGUUUCCUGAAGGCGAUUUUGCAGAUAGAGAACGUGUUCCAUUCGUCCCAGCUGAACGUAGAACGCCUAUUAAGCACGAUGAUAACCUUCGGCCGGAGGGUCCCUUCGAAGGAAGACCUAAAGAUGAUUUCUCACCGAAAACAGCUGAACGUCCGGAAGUGAGGAGACCUCAGGACAAUUUGAGACCAGAAGGUCCUUUCGAAGGAAGACCUAAAGACGAUUACAAACCAACUAGAGGAGAACGUGCCGACGUAAAACGUCCUGAAGAUAAUUUGAAACCUGAAGGACCCUUCGAAGGUCGUCCAAAAGAUGAUUUCUCUCCAAAAACAGCCGAACGUCCCGAAGUUCGAAGACCUCAAGACAAUUUGUAUCCUGAAGGCGAAUUUGAAAGACCAGAAAAGCCUACGGUUGGUCCAGCAGAGAAACGUACACCGAUCAAACAUCCGGACAACCUCAAACCCGAAGGAGAAUUCGUUGGUAAGCCUAAAGAUGAUUUCACUCCGACUAAAGGCGACAGAGCUGUUGUUAAAAGACCCGAAGACAAUUUGAAACCAGAAGGUCCAUUCGAGGGCAGGCCUAAGGACGACUAUCGACCGGUUCAUGGUGAACGAAUGGAUAUCAUCAGACGCACGGACAACCUUCGAAUGGAAGGUAACAUCGAAACUUACAGAUCAAGAGACGAAUAUACGGACUUCUUAAUUCGUGAGAGGGCCGAAGUUACCAAGUAUCAAGACAAUUUGCGUAUGGAAGGUGAAUUUAUCGAUGUUAGGACCAGAGACGAUUUUAAGGUUGUAAGGGGCGAGAGAGUUGAUAUCGUGAAGCAUCCUGACAAUUUGAGACCGGAAGGUCCAUUCGAGGGUCGUCCAAAGGACGAUUAUUCUCCUAAGAGAGCAGAGAGGCCGGAAGUAAAGAGACCAGAAGAUAAUCUCAAACCAGAAGGAGAAUUUAUUGGCAGACCAAAAGAGGAAGCGCCUAAACAAGGCGAGAGGACUCCGAUUAAGAAACCUAAAGACAAUUUGCGACCUGAAGGGGAAUUUGAGAGGCCAGAGAAGCAACCAGUUGGUCCUGCUGAAAAGAGAACUCCGAUCAAACAUGCUGAUAAUUUGAAACCCGAAGGGGAAUUUGAAAGACCUAAACCAGAAGAGUUUAAACCCGCAGAAAGGCCAAUUGUCAAGAAACCAACAGACAAUCUAAAACCAGAAGGAGACUUCGUUGGUCGGCCCAAAGAGGAAGCACCGCGAAAGGGCGAAAGAGCGGACGUAAAGAGACCAAGAGACAAUUUAUAUCCUGAAGGAGAAUUCGAAGUUCCAGAGAGGAAGCCUGUUGGUCCAGCUGAGAGAAGAACACCGAUCAAACACGAGGAUAAUUUGCGCCCUGAAGGUGAUUUCGAAAGACCGCAACCUGAAAAAUUCAGACCUGCCGAAAGACCAGUUGCAAAGAGACCUCAAGACAACUUGAAACCUGAAGGAGAAUUUAUUGGGCGACCAAAGGAAGAGUCACCGACCAAGGGAGAGAGAGCCGAUGUUAAGAGACCAGAAGAUAACCUGAAACCAGAAGGUACUUUCGAAAGACCUGAGAAGCAACCCUUAGGGCCAGCUGAGAAACGUACUCCCAUUAAACAUCCUGAUAACUUGAAACCUGAAGGCGACUUUAUCGGAAAACCAAAAGAAGAAGCUCCUAAACGUGGAGAACGCGCAGAUAUUAAGAGGCCACAGGAUAAUCUACGUCCAGAAGGUGAAUUUGAGAAGCCAGAAAAAUCUCCAGUGAAACCUGCUGAGAGAAGAUCUCCGAUUAAGCAUCCCGAUAAUUUGAAACCUGAAGGAGAAUUCGUUGGUAGACCAAAGGACGAUUACAAACCGACUAGAGGAGAACGCGCCGAUGUUAAAAGACCCGAGGAUAAUCUUAAGCCCGAGGGACCAUUCGAAGGUCGUCCUAAAGACGAUUUUGUCCCCGUUCGUGGUGAACGAGUAGAUAUCGUCAGACGUACGGACAACUUGCGAAUGGAAGGAAACAUAGAGACUUACAGGUCCAGAGAUGAAUAUACGGACUUCUUAAUUCGCGAAAGAGCCGAGGUCACUAAGUAUCAGGAUAAUUUGCAUAUGGAGGGCGAGUUCACUGAUAUCAGAACGAGGGACGAUUUCAAAGUAGUGAAAGGAGAGCGUGUAGAUAUCGUGAAACAUCCGGAUAAUCUGAAACCGGAAGGUCCGUUCGAGGGUCGACCGAAAGACGAUUACUCACCUAAAAAAGCGGACAGACCAGAGAUCAAAAAACCAGAGGACAACCUGAAACCCGAGGGAGAAUUCGAAAGACCUGAAAAGAAACCUUUUGGUCCAGCGGAAAGACGUUCACCUAUAAAACACGAUGACAAUUUGAAACCUGAAGGUGAAUUUAUCGGACGUCCGAAGGAACAGGCACCGAAGAAAGGUGAAAGAGCAGAUGUGAAGAAGCCAAAGGACAAUUUGAAACCAGAAGGUACCUUUGACAGGCCAGAGAAGAAGCCGAUGGGCCCUGCUGAAAGGCGCAGUCCCAUUAAACAUCCGGAUAAUUUAAAAACACAGGGAGAAUUCGUUGGUCGUCCUAAGGAAGAAACGCCAUUGAAGGGCGAACGUGCGGAUAUUACCAGGCCGAAGGAUAAUCUAAAACCGGAAGGGGAAUUCCAGAGACCGCAGAAGUCGCCUGUUGGUCCAGCCGAGAAGAGAACGCCUAUACGUCACGAAGACAAUCUUCAUCCUGAAGGAGAAUUCGUAGGAAGACCUAAAGACGAUUUUACUCCAAAACGGGUUGAUAGGCCGGUUCAGAAGAAGCCAAAGGAUAACUUGAAACCGGAGGGUGAAUUCAUAGGCAAGCCUAAGGAUGAUUAUAAGCCUACAAAGGGCGAGAGAACAGAGAUAGUCGUUCACAGAGAUAAUUUGAAAAUGGAGGGUGAUAUGGAUGUACGUCGGUCAAGAGACGAUUACAAGACGAUCACCAAGGUGGAAAGAGUCGAUGUAGUUCGUCGGGAGGAUAACCUGAAGAUGGAGGGUGAGUUUGUGGAUAUUCGAAGACGAGAUGACUACAAAGUAACGCGCGGUGAACGCAGCGAGAUUAUCAGACACGAAGAUAAUUUGAGACCUGAAGGAGAAUUCGAGAGACCCGAUACGUGUCCGAUUGGUCCAGCUGAGAGAAGAACGCCUAUCAAGCAUCCUGAUAAUUUGAAACCUGAAGGCCAAUUCGCUCAACGUCCUAAAGCUCCUACGCCAACCAAAGGAGAAAGGGCUCCGAUUAAGAAACCUAAAGAUAACCUCAGACCCGAAGGAGAAUUCGACAGACCCGAGAAGGCGCCUGUUGGUCCUGCAGAGAGAAGAACACCGAUCAAACAUCCUGAUAAUUUGCACCCAGAAGGAGAUUUUAUUGGAAGGCCGAGACAAGACACGCCAACUAAAGGAGACCGAGCUGACGUGAAGAAACCAAAGGACAAUUUACAUCCUGAAGGUGAUUUUGCUAAACGAACGCCUCAGAAGGUUGGUCCAGCCGAGAGACGCACACCGAUUCGUCACGAGGACAAUCUUCAUCCCGAAGGAGACUUCUAUAUGGUGCCUAAAGACGAUUUUACACCUAAGAGAGGCGAACGAGCGCCAGUUAGAAAGCCACAAGAUAAUCUGAAGCCAGAAGGCGAAAUGGAUGUCAGUCCAUCUUCUAAAGAUGACUAUAGACAUGUGAACGGAGAACGAAUGGAAGUUCGUCGACGCGAGGAUCAUCUGAGAAUGGAAGGAGAGAUAGACGUUCGUAGAUCCAGGGACGAUUACAAGAAGAUCACGAAGGUGGAAAGGGUGAAUGUUAGGAAGCACGAGGAUAACCUCAAGAUGGAAGGUGAAUUUAUCGACGUACGCAGGAAAGAUGAUUACACGUACGUAAUCGGCGAACGUACGCCGGUUAAGAAGCAUCCUGACAAUCUUCGACCGGAAGGAGACUUCGAAAGGCCUGGAAAAUCUCCCCUGGGACCAGGUGAAAGACGUUCACCUAUUAAACAUCCCGAUAACCUGAGACCAGAAGGUGAUUUCGAGCGUAGAACACCGGAGAAGGUUGGUCCGAUAGAACGUCGAUCUCCGAUUCGUCAUGUGGACAAUUUGAAACCAGAAGGAGACUUUGUCGGAAGACCUCGCGACGAUUUCACACCGAAGAGAGGAGAAAGAGCGGAGGUAAUUCGUCGAGAGGAUAACUUGAAGAUGAUCGGCGAGUUCCAAGACUCCACUUCCCAGAGAUCCACGUAUACGGUCGUUCGUGGAGAACGCGCUGAGAUUAAACGUCAUGAGGAUAAUUUGAAGGUGAGCACAGGUGCUAUGGAAACGAAGACAACCUCCAGAGACACGUUUACGCCGGCUAAGAAAGAAGUUUCUCCGCCUGGUAGAGCUGUAACUCGCAGACAUCAUAUGGAGUCUUCGAUUACCUUGGGAGACGACACUUCUACGAUGUCUACGACUACUCAAAGAAACUACAACACAUUCACCAAACGCACUGCCAAGGAAGUUGCCGCAAAGAUAAGCAGCAUGGAAACAGAUAGCAGAAGAAGCGUUUCAACUGAAUCGAAGACCGUAGAAAAUGGAACGACGAUUACGACUACGAAGAGAACGAGUGGAGAGAGAAUCUCAUCGGCUCAGAACGUUCAGCACCAAUCUCAGCGCGUGAUAACGGAGCAUCGUGCCAUACAACCCGAUGGUCCUCAUCCAGACUCUAGAAAGUCUUUGUCGCCUGUUUCAGGCAAUCAGCACUACAUAAGCGAACACCAUCAAAGAGCACAAUCAAGCGAAAGACAUUUGAGAUCGCAGAACAUGACUCAAACGCGACGAGUUAUCGACGACAGGUCUCUCACGGAUGUGCAAAACCACCAGGGUGUCAUGGUCGAUGGAAGAUACAGCGAACAACAGAGGCAGCAAAUCGAAAAACAUCAGCAAGAGACAAGCAAAAGGGACUACGUUAACACUCAACACAUCGAGUCUCGACAGACUGCAACUAGACAGAAGCAGCAACACGAACAGCACACAGUUUCCAGCCAAGCUCGCUAUAAUUCCAACCAGACGAGCAGUGCCGAGUUCAGGCAAGCCAUCAGCGGCCAAUCUAUGGAGAAAUUGCAAAUGGACGGUGCUGUGACGAAGACCAGUCACCACAGGAAGAACGUAAUCUCUUCAUCGUCCGCGGACGUUACUAACUCGGUUCUUCACAGACGCAGAGCCACUUCUUCCACGGAGGCUCUUCACACGAUCUCUUCUACAGCCGCUGAUCAAAAGAAGAGUAUCUCGAAUUUGGCAGAGAGCGGCCAGUACAUCAGCAAUUCGAGUCAGAGCAGCGAUCGACGUAGUUUGACCUCUUUACAUCGCAGCACUAAAGAAGGAAAUCCUUGGGCGUCGUCGACCUACGAACGUCCACAGAGAAUCGUUCGCCAGGACAAUUUAACAGUAGGUGGCAAGUUCUAUUCGCACAGCGAGGCGAAGAAUUAUGGAAAUUUCACCAGUCAGAAGGUAGAAAGAGUACAGAGACAGACGAACGUCUCGCAUAUCAAUUUAGGAGAUGGAAGCAUGGUGACUUCGAGCAUGUACAAGAAGGAGUACACGCCCAGACACAAAGGACCGUGUCCUGCGGCGCUUAUCGAGGCCAAACAGACGCCUUUCAAGCACACCAGAGACACGCAGAAGCACAAGUUCUAUAUGCCCGUCAUCUCUAAUUAAAAUAAGUUUCCUUUUCUGCCAUAGAGAUUAUAUUAUAAAAGCAACUGUAACAAUGGGAAGGUUUCAAGAUAUUAUUUGUUUCUUUUCGCGAGGUUUUUCAGAAUACUUAGUAUUUUCUUCUGGAUGAAGCGUACAGUACUGGUCGGAAAUUUGGAAUCAUUGUAAUUCAAUGAUUUAAGAAUUUUGCGUUAACCGGGAAAGUUCUCUCGUUAAAGAUUUAUCAAAGCGAAAGGAAUCAUUAUGGAUAUUUACAGUAUUAAUUUCGAUCGAUAUCGAAACCGGUAGAGUCCGAGAUUUAAAAAAAGAAAUCUCGGCUGAGAAUUUUCUAUUAUUUUGAAAACUUGUUUCGCUAAAUAUUUAUUCAAAUAACGGAAAUUGCUGUUAAUACGUAAAGCGUGGAUUUCAAAGUAACAUGACAAUUGGCGAAAAUUUCGAUGUAAACGCAACUAAGAAAGUACGUAAUUCCAAAUUUGUGAUCGGUAGCGUACACUCCAAACAUCGGAGGUUCGUUAUACGUCUCGAUUGGGAUUAGGUCUAAGCUAAAUUUGCGGGCUGUGAUGAACUCGUGUCGUUCGAUAUUUAUUUCGUCAAGAAUCUCUAGAUAUCCCUUUCGUCGCUCUGCAAUCGGCGUGAUCGUUGCAACAGAGGAUCGAUACCGACAUAUGGAACUGCGUGAAUUACUUAUAAAAGUACACUUUUAUGCGCGUAAACAUAUACAUACAUAAAAUAUAUACAUACACACAUAUGCAUAUAUCCGUACCAUGUCAAUAUAAUAGUUUUAUCCUUCGAAAAGGAUAAGGUGAGCGCGAUGUUGAAAAAAGUUCUUCGUCGAUAUAAAAAUAGUUAUCGAUCAAAAAAAAAAAAAAAAAAAUGGCUAAUGAUACUUGAACUGAGAGAUGCGGAUGUGAGAUGACAUACAGAUGAAAAAUCGAGUUAAGAUUUAUUUUCACCUUAAGCCACGUGUAUUACAAAGCAAUAACUAGAGCUUAAAUCCGUGAUACGGACGAAUCUGAUUGAAACAUCAGGUUCGACCGAUAUUUAGAAUAGAUGCGACGAUUCAAGUCGCACGUAACGUUCUUUCUCGACCAGCUUCGUUUUUAUAUUUAUCCGUUUCUUUCGCCUUGCUGACAAAUAGACUGCGGAUGCUUAUGCAUUUGUGGACAAUUUAACAGUAGGAAAAUGCAUAUAACGCGUGGGAACAUCUGACAUAUCCGUCACAGGUGACAAAUGCGAUCGAUUUUUUUUAUAAUAAAGCAAAUUUAUAUCAAAACUGUCCUUCGCGCAUGAUUUUCAGGCUAUUGUCGUUUUCCUGGAAUUCCGUUAAAUUAGCUGAUAUUCCUUCUUUACGAUACAUCCAACGAAUAUUAUUGGGAAACUUACACGUAUCUGCGAAUCUACAUAUCAAGUAAUGCCUUUCUUUAACUAUUUCAUAUCGAAACGAGAUUCUUCGUUUUAAAAAAUAUAUGAAAUCGUAUGAUAAAAAUCGGAAAAUAAAAAAAAAGACAACGGACUUGUCAUACUUUUCCCCCGUAGUCCUCGUAUUUAUCGAAUGAAAAAGAAAUCUUACGUUGCAUCAUUCUACUACUUGUGCUCGUAGAAAGUAUGAAAAUAUCAAUUACAGUAUAAACAUCCACAGUCUACCGAUAUCAUCCCCCGUUCUCUAUGUUUCCUUUAACAACCCCGUGAUUUACAUUAACCCUCAGUAUCGUUCGAAUAGACGAGUCAUGUACGUUGCGACGUUAACAUUUCCGACAGGGCUUCGCGAAGAAGUCGAGCGUUUUCCGGUUUCAUCGGUUCGUUCGACGCUACGAUGCUUGUUCCCAUUAUGGAACGAAUUAUUAUAUUAUUAAUUUUUUGUUUCCUAUUUUUUUUAUUCUUCCGCCUUUUUAUUUUGAUCCGUUUACACCAGGUGUUAUGUGUUGUCGAUCGAAUAAAAAUGUUUCGCAAUUACUUCUUGACCUUGCAUUUCCCCUCCUCGAGUACCACUUCGGUUAUUCUUUGACUCUUCUUUCAAUUGUAUUUUAUAUAUUCAAUCGCAUUUAGUCCUUUCGAUAACAUUUAGAUCGUAAUAGAUGAUCGUCUGGUAGGUGAUAGAUUAUACGCGUAGGUGUAUGAUUACACGUAACUGCACUCGAGUCACGAAACAAGAUUUUCUUUUCACCAGACCAAGAGCUGUUCGCGAGGAAUGUGAACAACGAGAGCUCCAUGGACUUGGCUACAGUUUCUUUUAUCUUAUUCGAAGACCACGAGGAAAGAAUACGAUAAGCGGUGUAUAUCUUUAAACCUGAGAAAUCGUGUCGCUUCUUAGCCGCCAGCUGACAUCGAGAAACUAAGAGCUCGGUAAAAAUAAACUUGUCACGUUUUCCCCGUGUGCUCUUCGUUUUCCUACACGUAUAACUAACUCGUUCUGUUAACCUGAUUUAAGCAGAUGAUUACACGUUCAAGUUAUAUUUUAUGCGUUUAGCCUUUUCUUACUAAUUCUACAGCGAACGAUAAACAACUCGAGUAUGUAUACUAAGAUUUACGUAUCAUCGAGUGAAAGAAUUCUAUCGUAACACUUACGGAAACAAACAGGAUCACGAUGACACCGAUCGCAUUAAGAUUUUGUAAAUACGUGCGAUCGAAUUUAUCGGCGUUGUUAACGAAACUAGAAAGCGACCGUUUGUUAUAAAAUAUUUGUAUCCGAAGUUAUUAUCACGACUUUGUCGAAUGAGUUUUUAACGAUUGUAACAAUGCGGACAAGCGAAAGAGAAGUGAGAAACACCGUUCGAAUAUGGUUCAUGUGUAAGUACGUAUAACGUGUCAUCGUGUGUAAUUCUUAAUAAAGAAAUUAUUUUCUGUAUCGUAA